AUCAAGAAAAUAGAAAUGGCAGUUUAAUUGUUUCCUCCAAUUCUUUCCUUCCCUCCCCUGCAACAAUGGCCGAACCUCUCUGCCUCUCCGGCGGCACUGAGAAGAAGCCUCAUUGGUGGCUCACCAACCGAAUGAUUGCCGGUAAAUAUUUGAAGGACGCGAAAGUUCUGAUUGCCACUCAAGAACCGGCGGCCAUGGCGUUGGCCCUGAAUCUUCUCGACGCCGCGCUUCUUCUCUCUCCUCGCCUCGAGUUGGCGGCGGAGCUGAAAGCCCGGACUUUGCUUUUUCUCCGGCGGUUCAAGGACGUCGCCAAGAUGCUGCGGGAACACAUUCCCAGUCUGAACAGGGAAUCUCUGGAUGAAACGGCGUCGUCCUGCUCGUCUUCUUCGGAUUCUUCGUCCUCCGACGGGUCGUUCCGGAGGGAGCGGUUGAAGCUCCUCUCCUCCUCCUCCUCCGCCGGCGACCGCUCGCCGGCUUUCAAGUGCUUCUCUGUCUCCGACUUGAAAAAGAAGAUCGUGGGUGGCCUCUGUAAAAGCUGCCAAAAGGAUGCCCUCUGGAGGUAUUUCGUAUUGGGCCAAGCUUGUUACCAUUUGGGGCUAAUGGAGGACGCCGUGGCCCUUCUACUCACCGGAAAACGCAUCGCCUCCGACGCUUUGCGGCGGGAGAGCGUUUGUAGGUCGGACGACAGCUUUUCCUUCGCCGAAUUUUCCAUCUCCGGCGACUUCUCGAACCAGCCCCCCACGGCGCCAAAAACAGAGUCAGAGAGAACCUCCCAAUUGCUCAGCCACAUUAAACAGCUCCUCCGCCGAAAGACGUCGGCGGUCGCCGCCAUGGACGCCGGGCUCUACCCCGAAGCCAUACGCCACUUCACCAAGAUCGUGGACGGCCGCCGCGCCGCACCUCGGGGAUUCCUGGCAGAGUGCUACGCGCUCAGAGCAUCGGCGUUCCAGUCCGCCGGGAGAAUCGCUGACGCGAUUUCCGACUGUAAUCGGACUCUGGCAUUGGAACCUUCUUCCAUUGAAGCUCUCAGAACCAGAGCUUCUCUGUUCGAGACGAUCCGUUGUUUACCGGACAGCCUUCACGAUCUGGAGCACCUAAAACUCCUGUACAACACGAUGCUGCGCGACCGGACAUUGCCGGGACCGGUGUGGAAACGGCAGACCGUACAGUACAGAGAAAUCCCGGGAAAGCUCUGUUCUUUGGCUGCGAAAAUUCAAGAACUGAAACAGAGGGUGGCUUCCGGCGAGACAGGGAACGCGGAUUACUAUGGGUUGAUGGGAUUGAGGAGGGGAUGUUCAAGAACGGAAUUGGAGAGGGCCCAUUUGUUGCUUAAUCUCCGACACAAACCAGAGAAGGCGGCAAGCUUCGUGGAGAGGGUGGAGUUUUCCGACGAGGAAGAGGUCGAUUCCGCCGGAGACAGAGCAAAGAUGACGUCUUUAUGUCUGUACAGAAUGAUUCAGAGAGCUUACUUCAAUUUAACGAAGAUUCUCAUUCAAGAAGAGGAAGAAUUAUCAGCAGCAGCAGCAGCAGAGAGACAAAGGAGGGCAUCAGAAUCGGAGGAGACGGCUGCUAGGAUCGACCAAGCGCCACCGCAGCCGCCGUCAGCGGCGGUGUAUCAAGGAGUGUUCUGUCGAGAUAUUGCCAUUGUUGGGAGCUUGUUAGCUCAAUCUGGGUUCGGCCGCCGCCCCAUUCCGGUGACGUACGAGGCAUUGAGCUGCUGAGAUUAGCAGUGAUUAAGGUUAAUAAUGGGGAUGAAGAAUUAAUGAUCAUAAUGAGAGAUCAGAGAUGAGAGACGAGUUUUAUGUACAAAGUUUAUGAAUGAAUUAAUGAGAAUUAU